AUCAAGUGGUUCAACAUUUACGGCUGUCUUCAAAACAUGGCGAGACGUGGAAGAACAUCGCUUGGGCUUUUUCUACUUCUGAGCCUAACCCUUGCAAAAUGCGAAUUCUUUACAGCCUUAGUUGAUCUAGAACACCUUGUUUCUAGAGAAAAGGAACUACAGGAAGCCUUGAAACGCUAUGUCGAAGUCGAAGAAUCCAGACUUGCGCAAAUCAAGAAAUUCCUUGCAAAAGUUGAUACAGCUCACGAACUCGCAACAAAGUAUGGGGAUAUAGGGGGAUUUCUUGGGCAUCCUGUGAACUCCUUUGCUUUGAUAAAAAGAUUUCACAAAGGAUGGAGUCGAAUGGAAGAACUCGCGCUCAAGGAUACCAGCGAAGUUUUUGUUGAAACUCUAACCAAGCACAAGGAUCAAUUCCCAAGUCAGGAAGAUGUUGACGGGGCAAUCACAGCAUUGCUAAGACUGCAAGAUACAUACCGCCUGACGCCUGAUGUCAUAUCAACGGGUCGCCUCCCUAAGGUGCGAGCCGUCCCAAUGAUGACUGUGAGCGACACAUUUGAUAUUGGACGGUCUGCAUAUCUGUCCAAUGACAUGUUCUACACAAAAGCUUGGAUGGAGGUAGCCCUGGAAAAGAUCAAGAAAGGGGAGGAUAGUGAGGACGUCAAGUUGUUUGAUGUUUAUGACCAUCUGGCUUUUGCAGAAUAUCAGAGAGGCAAUUUCAAGAAAGCUCUGAAUUACUCCGAAGAAAUGGUCAAAAUUGAUCCAACCCACACAAGAGCUACAGAUAAUGUUGCGUACUUUGGGAGUGAAAUUGCAAAGCAAACUAAGAAAAGAGGGGAUACUGGAACUUCGCGGAGAACCAAAUCCCCCUCUUCGACUUUCAAGAAGCUCAAAGAGCGAGAAUACUUCCACCGAACAAAGGCUUUCCAGAAUUACGAGAAGCUUUGUAGAGGGGAAGUGAGAAGUUUGACAAAGUGGGAACAAGGUCAGAUGAGCUGCUGGCAGAUUCGUGAUGACCCCCUCACCGUGCUUAAGCCUGGUCGAAUCGAGCGCGUUUUCGUGAAACCCGAGGUCUUAAUCUUCCGAAAUUUCAUCACAGACUCUGAGAUCAAGAGAAUAAAGGAGCUCGCCACACCCCGGCUAAAACGAGCGACCGUCAAAGAUCCUGUUACCGGAGAAUUGAUCUUUGCCAAUUACCGUAUUAGCAAAAGUGGGUGGCUACGAGAUGAGGAAGAUGAGCUCGUGAAGCGAAUCAGCUAUCGUGUCCAGGCCUACUCGGGACUCAACAUGACAACCUCCGAAGACUUACAGGUUGUGAAUUAUGGCAUUGGAGGGCAUUACGAACCUCAUUACGACUUUGCUAGGGACGGCGAGGACAAGUUCACCUCUCUGGGUACCGGAAAUAGAAUAGCUACUUUCCUAUCCUAUCUUUCAGACGUCGAAGCUGGCGGGGGGACAGUUUUCACCAGAGUCGGAGCCACGGUCUGGCCGCAGAAGGGUGACGCUGCAUUCUGGUACAAUCUCAAGCGUAGUGGCGAUGGUGACAGUUCUACCCGGCAUGCAGCCUGCCCCGUCCUGGUUGGUAGCAAAUGGGUCGCCAACAAGUGGAUCCAUGAAGUUGGACAAGAGUUCCGUAAGCCAUGCAGUGUGGAUAGAAACGCUCUUUUCAAAGCUACCACCAGGAGCCUUAAACAUUGACGUAUUUAAAAGAGAGAUAUAUCUAUCCCAAUUAAUAUAAACAGCCCAGGAUUAAGCAAAUAUAGAGUAAAAUAUGUAAAACAGGUCAAUGCUUUGAGCAUUGUAAUAGAGUUUUGCCCAUCUGCUAAUUUGCCAUUCUAGAAUAAAUAAGGUAAUAGGGGGGUAAAUUAAAGAUGUGUCAAAAUAAGGCAUAAUGCUAAUCAAGGUGCUGUCUUCACACCCCCUGGUGUGAAAGUAAAGUAUGCUUCGAUUAUAUGUAUGUAUCUGAGCUGCAUUUACAACCCGUAAAAUCAUGAUCGAGUAUUAUAACAUUUGUACGAAAGUAAUUUUUACCAAAGUUUUAUGAAUUUUAUAUAAGAUAGAUAUUAAUACAAAGAUUAGUUGUCUCGCUUCUGGUGAAACUGGCAGAGAAAUAAAGUUCUAUUUUUACAUG